AUGACGAAAGAAAAGCAGCUGCAAAUCAAGGACGAUGAUAAGUACCAAUUUACAAAAGCAUGCGCCGAAGCACCCGAACGUAUAGUAGGAGGCAGUCUUGCAGCUAUUGGUGAAUUUCCCUAUCAAGUUUCCCUCAGAGUGAAUGGAAAUCACAUAUGCGGUGGAAGUAUCGUUUCUUCGAGACACAUCGUUACUGCAGCUCAUUGUGUUAAUAAUUGGGUUAAUAUUCCCAAUCCUUACUAUACCAUUGUAUCUGGAACUAUUUAUCUUGGUAAUAGUGGUCAAACUCACAAUAUCGCAUCUGUUAGUGUCCAUCCCAGAUACAUAGGUACAUCGCAAACCUCUUGGAUCAACGACGUAGCUGUUCUUGGGCUUGAAGAACCUAUAAAUUUCAACAUCUAUCAGAGGCCUAUUCCAUUGCUCGAUACGGAAAUACCAGACAAUAGUUUACUUCAUUUGAGUGGAUGGGGUAAAAUUUAUGCGAACGGUCCAAUUUCUAAUGUAUUAUUAAAGGCCGACAUGUAUUCUACAAAUAAUAAUGUUUGCCAAAAACAACACUCGCUAACAAUCUAUCAAAGUCAUAUUUGUGCACUUAAUCACAAAGGAAUUGGUGCUUGCCAGGGUGACAGUGGUGGCCCGCUUACAUACAACGGCCAUCUCGCUGGUAUUGUUUCUUGGGUUAUUCCUUGUGCUGUCGGAGUACCUGAUGUCUUUACCAAAGUCUCGUCUCACGUCACCUUUAUUAGAAAUGCUAUGCUAAAUUAAUAAACCGUUUAAUUUUGAAAUUUAACAAUUUUUUUUGUCAAAUUUCUUAUUUAUAAUAAUUUUUAUCCUUAAUUUCUC